GUGUGUGAAGUGUCAGAAGAAAAGAAAAGUGGUGGCAGCUGGCACUGGAUUUUCCAGUCGUUCUCCGGCUCCAGAGCACCAGUUCCCAUUGUGCCAUGUAAAAGAACAUCACGUUCCGCGACACCAUUCAUCGCGCAAUUUUAAUUCACUCUUUUCCGCGCCUGCAUUUCAAUCAUUCCUUGACCACCUUUCUUCAUUUUAUACGUGCACACGCUUGCGUGAGCGAGAGUGAAUGUGUGGAGCCGUGAGGGAUUGACUUUGGUGUGUCCACAGCGUGCCAAAACACAAGAGAAGAGGUCAACAAUGCUAAUACGUGGUUCACCUUUUGGACGGUCACUGUAUCAGAAAUUGCUGCUUCUCGCCAUCGUCGCCGUGAGCUUUGUCUUCUACUUUAAGUUCAUCAAAUUCAGCACAGAACACCUCAAUGCCAGCCCAGAGACGAACUUUGUCGACACAAACAUUAUCGAUGGGCUGAAUCCGCUGGAGAAGCUCAUCCGGGCGGAUAUGCUGAAGCAGGAGCGCGGCUUGGGCGAUCGCGGGAAGCCCGUGACGCUGUUUGGGGCGGCCAAGAAGAAGGGCGACGAUGAUGUGAAGAGAAUUGCACUCAAUGAGGAACUCAGCGAACACUUGAGCUACAACCGAACUGUGCCUGAUGCCAGGAAUCCGCUGUGCCGCAGCAUUCGCUACGACGUCGACAAUCUGCCCAGCGCCAGUGUUGUCAUCAUCUUCUACAAUGAACCGUAUUCUGUGCUGGUGCGAACGGUGCACAGUGUGCUCAACACGGGCGAUCAGCGCAUCCUCAAGGAGAUCAUCCUCGUGGAUGACGCCAGCGUGAAUCCGGAACUCAAGGACAAGCUCGAUUACUACAUCGAGACACGAUUUCCCAAGAAUGUGCGCCUCAUCCGGUUGAAGAGCAGAUUGGGCCUCAUUCGUGCCAGAUUGGCGGGCGCUCGAGUGGCGCGCGGCGACGUGCUGGUCUUCCUUGAUGCGCACUGUGAGUGUGUGGAGGAGUGGCUGGAGCCGCUGCUGGCCAGGAUCAAGGAGUCACGCACGAGUGUGCUGGUGCCGAUUAUCGAUGUGAUCGACGCGAAGGACUUCCACUACAGCAGCAACGGCUACAGCACCUUCCAAGUGGGUGGAUUCUCGUGGAGUGGACACUUUGACUGGAUCGACAUCUCGGCGCACGAGCGCGCUCGCCAGGCGCGUGAGUGCGCGCACAAGGACGUGGACGUGUGUCCCACGUACAGUCCGACGAUGGCCGGCGGGCUGUUUGCCAUCAAUCGCGAGUACUUCUGGGAAGUGGGCAGCUAUGAUGAGCAGAUGGACGGCUGGGGCGGCGAGAAUCUUGAGAUCUCCUUCAGAGUGUGGCAAUGCGGAGGGACAAUCGAGACAAUUCCAUGCUCACGCGUUGGCCACAUCUUCAGGGACUUCCAUCCGUACUCAUUUCCAGACAAUAGAGACACUCAUGGCAUCAACACCGUUCGAAUGGCGCUCGUCUGGAUGGAUGAUUACAUCAAUCUGUUCUUCUUGAACCGUCCAGAUUUGAAGAAUCACCCAGAAGUGGGUGAUGUGACGCACAGGAAAGUACUGCGGGACAAGAUGCGAUGCAAGAACUUUGAUUGGUACCUGAAAAAUGUCUUCCCGGAAAAGUUUAUACCAACGAAAAAUGUUCAGGCAUACGGACGUGUGAAAUCACUGUCGUCCAACAUGUGCCUCGAUGAUUUGCAGCAGGAUCGCGAGGCGCCCUUCAAUGUCGGCAUCUACGGUUGUCACGGGCCUCACGUUGCGCAUUCGCAGUUCUUCUCACUCACGCACGACGGCGUCCUUCGUAUCGAAGAAGCGUGUGCCUCUGUUCAGGAGAGCAAAUCCAGCAGAAUGUUUGUCAUCAUGUCGAGCUGCAACAAAUACAAUGCAGUGAAUAAUCGAUGGGAAUUGACGGCAGGCAAGCAACUCAGGUAUGUUAAGUUGAAUCUCUGCCUGGACAUGCGUGAUCUCAAGGAAAUGGACUACAUUUAUGUGGCUCCGUGCGAGUCUGAAAGUGAAUCGCAACUGUGGAACAUCACUCACUGAGAGAGAGAGAGAGAGCAUUUGGCGAGAUGACGAUAAUCUCGUUGCAUUAAAGGUGCUCUUGAUGGUUUUAAAGAAAAAAAAAGAAAUUCAACAUCACAUUCUUUCUGCUGUGAUAAAAAGACAACUUUCUUGUAAAAAUUCCUUCCAAACAAACCAACCAACACCAUCCUUAGCAUAUUGGCAGAACAUGAAAGGGAAAUUGAGUGCCAAUCAAUUUUUUUAUUCCCAAAAAAGAAACGCAUGCAUUCGAAUAGUGAAACCCUGAAUAUUGGUAUGAAUUUUCUCCUUCUCUCUAUAUAGACUGAAAAGAAACUACAGGAAAAGUUCAUUCCUUUAGUAGAGCCUAAAUUUUUUAUGAUUUGUAUCAAUGACAAAAAUUGAAAGACUAAAAUUAUCGUCAACUUCCGAAUUCAUUCCAUAAUUUUUUUUUCUUACUCGAUCACAUUCAGGAAUAAGAAGAAACCACGAAUAAAGUGUGCAUUUAGAGAACAAAAAAGGAAACACAUGAGAUUAAAAAGAGGUAAAAUGCCAACUUAAUGUAUUGGACAAACAUUUAUAAUACCUACGAAAUAAGAAGAAAAACCAAGUCAAUGUAAUUGAAAAUAUUUCUAAUGGACUUUUUUAUUGUCUGAAGAAAAUAAUAAAGAAAAACCACA